AAUAGCUCAAAGAAAAUGCAAAAAGGCAUUAGAUAGAGAUAAUCUCCCAUCACUAUCUGUUUCGGUAAAACUGAGCGUCUCCUCAGUCCGAAACGAGGCCCGGUUUCCGCCUCGAUUGAGACGCGAAGGUAGAGAUCGGGUUUUGCUGAGCCUUAUAUCAGCGGCCGCUCAACUCCAAGGAUCCCGAGGAUAGAGUCACGAUAGCGUUAGAGCUUGCUCUGGAUCCACCGAUGUUCCGAGGUAGCGAUCGGACAAAGAGAAACCGUUGAGAUGAUAAGGAUCUUGGAUAAACGGAGCCAGAGGACGGUCACAAAACUGCGAGACAAAGCAAGGGGAAAGCAACGACCACGGGUGUUGUGAUGACGAUACGAAAUUUAAACAAAGGACAGGAGCGGCGGAUGAUUUACGAUUUACAGAGGAUUUCAAUUUAGUCGAAGUUGACUCAGAAAUUGUAGAUUCAAGUGAAGACGAUCUUCGAGAUAUUCUACAGAUCACUCAUCAUCGACAACCUCCCCUAACUUUAUUAACAAACGAUACAAGAGAACAGAAAUAAAUUCAGAUGAACAUUUAGUGACUACAAUACUUUGAAGAAAUGAUAGAACGGAUGAGGACAAGGAAACGCGCUGGAUCCUUGUCCGACCGACACAAGUAGCGAGCUCCGGCGACGGUAAUUCCGCUCGACACGUUCAACGCAGCUGAGACGCGGUGGAUGGAACUUUACGCGAACACCAAAGUCGCGCGCGAAUGAUGUUAGAUCGUUUUAUUUUCACGAUGUAACGACCGUAGAGAGAUGAGCUCGAUGUCUGAUGAUUUACGAAAGAAACGACUCGUAACCGAUCUCUGUUCCUGCUUGACAGCGACUGACUUUUUCUAAUAAUCGAUCGCGGCUAGACGCGAGAGUUCCUCGAACCGAGCCUCGGAUUCGGCGAAACGGCUGCGAAUCAGCUGUGCCGCUAGCGCUCGCGCGGCACGUGAUAACGACGUGAUCGCGGCACAGCUGACUCGGUGCACCGCACGAUCGGUGAUUUUCGGCGACGAGCCCGAGCGACGGUGCUCGAACACUAUCUGAAUCUGCCGAAUAUGGAAAAGGACUUCGUGUACCGAAACGUAAAAAAAGAAACAGUUAUAUAGACACAUACGGAAAGCAAAUGUAGCGAAGAAGAAUUGUCUAUUAAUUUUCCGAUGUAUAAGGCAAAUAAAACUGUAUUUUCAUCAAAUUCAGCACAUAAAGAUUCAGCUAACAAAGUACAUAUUAAUAAAUCGAAUAAUAAUGUUGAUCAAUUCAGUGGAAGCAAGAAACAAAAAUCUGACAAUAUUUUAAAUGAAAUCCAUACUAAUUUUGAAAAACAUGCAAAUGAAAUGAAAGAAUUUCAACGCCAAGUUCUACGACACCUACAUAGCAUUAAUGGCCGAAUGGGGGAAUUAAAUGAGCACGUAGAAUCAUUAAAGCAGCCUAAUAAUUUUUUUACUGAUCAAGAUAAUGCAAAUCAAAAUAUCACAAAUGAAGUCUCAUUACAAUGUAUUGAGAGUUUGCCAGUGAAAUCAAACAUCGAGCUUCAAGAUAUUGAGAGAACUUUACAAGAUAAACAAAUAUUCCAUGAUGUGGUAAGAUUGUUAUGAUUACUAAAGUUAUAGGUAAAUGUGCAUAAAA